AUGCCUGUGGAAUUGUUUGAAAGUAUACGUAGAUACCUGCACUUCAACAACAAUGAGACGGCUGUUGCACCCAAUGUUGUUGGCCAUGAUCGGCUCCAUAAGAUCAGGCCAAUAUUGGAUCACUUGAAUGUGAAGUUCUCAGAGGUACCACUUGAGGAAUCACUGUCUAUUGAUGAACAGAUGUGUGCAACAAAAGCAAGACACUUUUUGAAAAUGUACAUGCCUGGAAAACCACACAAAUGGGGUUACAAACUGUUCAUACUUGCUGGUGUCAGUGGCUUUGCUUAUAAAGCAGAGAUAUAUAGUGGUUUGGAAAAUGAUCCUCUGCUCCGUGCACAAUUGGGAGAGCCAGACUUGGGAGCGUGUGCCAACAUUGUAAUGAGACUUGUGAGGGAUAUACCAAGAAACUGUCAUUACAAGCUGUACUUUGACAAUUACUACACCACUCUUCCUCUCCUAGCAGAACUUGAGAAGAGAGAGAUCCACAGUCUGGGCACUUUUCGAUGUAACAGAUUUCCAGGGGUGUUAUUGUCCAAUGAAAAAGAUAUGAAUAAAAAAGCUAGAGGUUUUUCCGAAGAAUGUUCAACCAUUUAUGAAGGAGUGGAAAUAACUGCUGUUGGCUGGAAGGACAAUAAAACAGUCUCAUUAGCCUCUUCAUUUGUUGGUAAGGGACCUGUAUCAAAGGUGAGAAGAUUCGAUAGGAAGAAUCAUGUAUCAGUUGACAUAGAACGUCAAGUAAUUGUCAAAGUAUACAACCGCCACAUGGGGGGGAGUGGAUCUUCUAGACAGUUUGAUUGGGAGAUAUAG